AAACAUUGUAAAUGUCUUUAAACUUUGUUUUUAUCUUUAAAACGUUAACAAUUUUAUAAUAAUUAUCUAUGAUAAAUCGAAUUUUAAUCACUUGAAAUAAUGCUUAUGGAAGAAUAUUUAGAUAGUGAGAUUGAAGUGAACAAAGUAUCAAAAAUUAAUCAAAAAUCUUUUAAACAACGCUACAGAACUGCUUGGGAAACUGAUCCGGUGUUAAAAGAUUGGAUUCAACCUGUACCUGGUAAACAAAGAUCAGCAUUUUGCAAAUUUUGCAAAGUCGAAUUAGUAUCACAUAAGAAAAGUCUGGAAGAUCACGCUAAAACAGUUAAACAUGCAAAAUGUGCUGCUCAAGAUGCUAAGAUAACAUCAAGUUGUAAAGAUCGCAUACCUGUAACCAUUGUAAAUUUAGUUAGUGAUUUGAAACAAGAAUCAAGUAUAUCAGCAAGUAUGACUCUUGAUGAUGAUAUCGAACCUCCCCUAGAGCUUUUAAAGCCAUUUUCUGUUCCUAAAAGGUUAUUACUUGGUCCUGGACCAUCAAAUUGUCCACCACAAGUUUUGGAAGCUGCUGCUCAACCUCUUUUAGGACAUCUUCAUCCAGAAUUUUUACAAAUAAUGGAAGAAACUAAAGAAGGAAUUAAAUAUGCUUUUCAAACAAGAAAUACACUUACAUUUGCUGUAAGUGGUACGGGACAUUGUGCAAUGGAAGCUGCAUUGUGCAAUCUUCUUGAACCUGAUGAAGCAGGUUUAUUCGUUGUAAAUGGGCAUUGGGGAAAACGUGCUGCUGAUGUAGCAUCGAGACAUGGGGCAAGAAUUGUAAACAUUAACAUUCCAUUCGGAAGUGUGUGUGAUUUAGAAAUUUUAGAAAAGACAAUUAUACAGUACAACCCUUCAGUAUUGUUCAUUUGUCAUGGAGAAUCCAGUACUGGUGUUUUACAUCCUCUUGAAGGAAUUGGAAAAAUGUGCCAUAAAUAUAAUUGUCUAUUAAUUGUUGAUGCAGUUGCUUCUUUAGGUGCUGUUCCUAUUUAUACUGAUAAAUGGGAAAUUGAUGUAAUUUAUUCUGGUUCACAAAAAGUACUUGGUGCUCCACCUGGUUCUUCACCAAUGAGUUUUAGUCCAAGAGCAGUGGAGAAAAUAAAGAACAGAAAUCUUCCUGUUCAGUCUUACUACAUGGAUGCCUUAUUAUUGGGAAAUUAUUGGAAUUGUGACGUAGAUCCUCCUGGAUAUCAUCACACAGGACCAAUUAGCAAUAUUUAUGCUCUUAGAGAAGCUUUAUCACUACUAGCAAAGGAAAAAUUAGAAGCAUGUUGGAAAAGACAUAAACAAUGUGCUGAAUUAUUAUAUAGAGGAUUGGAAAAGAUGGGAUUGGAAUUAUUUGUAGAAGAAAGGGAUUAUCGACUGCCCACAGUUACAACAAUAAGAGUUCCAGAAGGCAUCAAUUGGAAAGAAAUAUCAAUGCUGAUAAUGAAAAAGUAUGGAAUCGAAAUAUCCGGAGGAUUGGGCCCAACGGCUGGACAUGUCUGGAGAAUUGGUUUAAUGGGUUAUAAUUGUAAAGUGGAAAAUGUCAAUUUUGUUUUGAAUGCUUUAAAAGCAGCACUAAAUCAAAAUGAAAACAAAUUGUAAUUAAAAAGCAAUUUUAACUUCGGUGAUUUAAUUUUAAAUUGUGAGAACUUUUCCAUAAUAUGGACCAGAAUAACAAAAGAAAAUGAAAUUCCUUUAAUCUGAAUAUCUUUUUGUAUUAGGUUAUCUGUGAUUAUUUUAUAUUUACACUCUUUAUAUAUAAGUUUAUUUAAUUAAAAUG